AAGCAUCGGAGAGCUCACCCUUAGCUGCAACUAGAAGACGGUAACCAACCAUCAACAUGACUUGGACAUGGGCAGCAUUUGUGCUUGUUCUACUUGUGUCUUGCUUCCAAGCAUGGAUUAGGAGCAGACAGGUCAAAAAUGGUAAGAGAUUACCGCCGGGGCCAAGAGGGAUUCCAAUCCUUGGAAACCUCCACUUAUUAGGAGAGAUGCCUCAUCGAAAUCUUCAUAGAUUAGCCAACGAACAUGGCCCCAUCAUGUACCUCCGCCUAGGCAUGGUGCCAACAGUUGUGGUCUCGUCACCUCAAGCCGCAGAGCUGUUCCUCAAAAACAACGACCUUGUUUUUGCCAGCAGGCCGACUCUUGAGGCCUCAAAGCACAUGUCUUACGGGCAAAAAGGCUUGGCUUUUUCUCCCUAUGGGACUUACUGGCGCGACAUGCGCAAGAUGUGCACCCUAGAGUUGCUCAGCAACCACAAGAUCAAUUAUUUCAAGUCCAUGAGAAAGGAGGAACUCAACAUCUUGAUUGAGUCCAUUCGAGAGGAUGUUCGUGACCAUGUUGCUGUUGACCUUAGUGCGAAGCUCUCAUCUCUCAACGCUGACAUGACUUGCAGAAUGGUGAUUGGGAAGAAAUACACUGACAAGGAUAUUGAUGAGAACGGGUUCAAAGCUGUGAUACAUGAGAGCCUGAAGUUAGCGGCGACUCCAAACUUGGGUGAUUAUAUUCCUCAAAUCAGAGCACUUGACCUUCAGGGCCUGACAAAGCGCAUGAAAGCUAUAGCCAAGGUUUUUAACGAUUUCUUGGAGAAGGUCAUUGAUGACCAUCUUCAAUCCAGAAAUGAUGACAGACUAAAAGACUUUGUUGAUAUGAUGUUGGACUUAAUGGGAUCCGAAGAAACUUCGUACCAACUCGAGAAAGACAACAUCAAAGCAAUUAUCCUGGACAUGCUUGUUGGGGGGAUGGACACUUCAGCAACUGCAAUCGAGUGGACAUUAUCAGAGCUCAUAAAACAUCCAAGGGUAAUGAAGAAAGUUCAGAAAGAGUUAGAAGAAGUGAUAGGAUUGAAGAGGAUGGUUAAAGAAUCGGAUCUGGGGAGCUUGGAGUAUUUGGACAUGGUUGUGAAGGAAACCAUGAGGCUACAUCCAGUUGGACCCCUGAUGAUCCCUCAUGAGUCCGUGGAAGACUGUACAAUUGAAGGCUUUCACAUACCAAAAAAGUCGCGCAUAAUCAUAAACGCAUGGGCCAUUGGGCGAGAUCCAGCUGCUUGGCCUGAACCUGAGAAGUUUUUACCGGAGAGAUUUCUUGAUAGCAAUAUUGAUCUUCGUGGACGAGACUUUCAGCUUCUGCCAUUCGGGUCUGGCCGGAGAAGUUGCCCUGGAAUGCUAUUAGGACUGACUGUGGUUCGGCUAGUGGUGGCACAGUUGGUUCAUUGCUUUGAUUGGGAGCUUCCCGAUAAUAUGUUGCCAACAGACUUGGACAUGACAGAGGAGUUCGGUCUAGCGACUCCAAGAGCCAAGCAUCUCCUGGCUUUGCCUGCCUAUCGCCUGAAAAUAUGAUCAAGUAGCAAAUGUGUAAGGCAAGCAAUAUAUCCAUCCAUCCCAUAAAUCACUCAUAUUAUAUCUCAGCUAAUAUUAGUAAGAAAUAAAAUUUUCAUUUCAUU